ACCGACAGUCGCACGCGACGAUCGUCACCGUUCCGUCGGCAUUCGAAACCGUCUCCAGGAUUCGUACGUUCGCCCGCGUAUUUCUUCAGAGAAGUGACCGCGAGAUAAGAAAAAUCAAACGGCAGACGCAACAGAAAGUGACAUCAGAGAUCUGAGACCAAAUCGAACGAUUUCUUCUAUUCUAUUAUAUCUACACGCCUGAUACGCAGGUGAGGAACUAGAAACUAGAAGCCACAGGCGGAGGACAGAGACCGACGAGGAGCAUGACCAAGGCCGAAAACCCCGCGGGAACAGAAAGCGCGCCCGCGGCGCAGGACAUCGGAAGAAGACACGCUAUCCCCAUCAUUCACGUCAGGGGAACGCAUUACGACAUUGGUUUUGAUAUCGGGCGUACGUUUUCCGGUUUGAUCCGAAGUUUCCUAGACGUCUACCGACCGUUGAACGAAACCUAUUUGCCUCUGUAUGAAACCCAAACUGGUAAAAAAAUCUAUGAGGAGACGCUCGCAUGCGUCGAGACGCAAUUUCCUGGCUACUUGAAGGAAAUUCGUGGGACGGCCGAUGGCGCGAACGUUCCCUUUUAUAAGUUAUUUUUAAUACAUCUAGACGACAUCGUGCCGAACGUGAUGAAUGAAGGAACGCAGAACACGUUACCGGUUGGUUGUUCAACGAUUAUGUGCAAUCAACCGGAUCAGCAAAUUUUGGGCCAUAAUGAGGAUGCGCUUGCUGAAACGUUGAAUCAUUGGUAUUUGGUAUCCGCACACGUCGUCGAACCGGGAUGUAAGGAAGAAAUCUUUACGUCGCUCAGUUACGCCGGAUUUCUUCCGGGAUACACGAUGGGCUACAAUCGACACGGUCUCGUUUACACGAUCAACACGCUCAGCGCUGCGACUUUGAGGUCCGGUAAGACGCCUAGAUACUUUAUAACGCGGGCGUUGCUGACCGCGGAAAACUACGUGGAAGCUCAACAGAUUUUAAGGAACGAUGGAUACGGGGCGGCGGAAGGGUUUUCAGUGAACAUGACGUUCUUGACGCAAGAAGGCGAUCGAAUGUUUCACAACGCCGAGGUCGGUCCUUGCGAGGAGAACGGCAUGCAGUCACAGCUGAGUAUCUUGACCGUCAGCCCAGGGGAGAAUACCGUCCACUGCAACAAAUACCUUCGAUUAAAAAUACCCGAAGUAGGAGGCCUAAUCAUAGACAGCAGCGUGAAAAGGAUGGAGGCCAUUUGCAAGCAUCCCCCUGCUAAAUCUCGGCAAGACGUCAUAAACAUGUUGAGCGAUCAAACGGGCGAAGAUUACAGAGUCUAUCAGGAAAAAGACGAAAACGAUCCGGUGAAAACUAUAGCCACUGGUAUUUUCGACUGCAUCGAGAAGACUUGGUCCAUAUAUACGGGCAAACCGAGCGACAUGAAGCCGAUUUUGGUAAUACCUUUGCAACUGGACGACGAACUGACUGCACCAGCCAGUCUCGAAUCUUAAAUUUUACCGGUUUCGAUCAUAGAGUCUCAAAUUCAUUUAUUCUAUUUUCGCUCCGCGACGAACUGUUCGCCAAUCUUCUUUUCCUGUUCUUCACGCAUCGAACUUUCAUCCGAUAGGUACAACUACGAGAUUUGAAUUAAACGGUACACCGAUGAUCGAUAUUAUUUUUUUAUUUUGUUCUUUCUCACAUACGUACACACAUACAUUCACCGAUUUAUCGGAAGCUACUUUAAAAUCAAUUAUCGAAAAUAUAGAAUUUAAUACAUUACACAUAAAAAAAAUAAGUAAAAAUAAAACGUAGUUGUUCACAAUGUAAUAUGUAUAAAUUGUUGUCUCCGUUAAUAAAGGAAAGACAGAUUCCCUUUAACGGCAA